AGGCAAGCUACUUUUAGUAAUCAAAAGUAGUGUACUUUUUUUCUGUAAAGAAACAAAAUUAUCAGUUGAAGACAAUGAAGAAGUGAUGAAAGUUUUAAUAAGUGCGACACAAAUCCCGUCGUAUUCUUGAAUCAGUUGAUAAAUAAUGAUCUUUAAUAAACAACCUGCAUAGACUACUUGUGAUUAGAUUGAGUGACGGCAAUUUUCAGUAAUAUCUCUUGAUUCGCAUAAAUUUAUAUCGAAUACGUCACUUAAUAUCGAUUUGAAUCCCAAAUAAAUUCAUUGGAUUGACAUUAUUUAAACUACGAUGCUGUCAAAAUGCUACCAGAUGUGCUUAGCUUACAACAUUGUCUUUUCUAAAUUAAGUGUGAUAUUUCAUUUCUUAUUAUUUUCAUGCAUUAUUUUUUCAAAUUUCGACCCGAUUUUGUGCAUGAAUAGAUACAAUAAAGUUCCGAAUGAUUGCAAUGAAAUGCCUGAAUACUCGUCUGUAAUUCGACGUCCAGGUGAUGGUGGCUUAGAGAUUCGUAUUCAGCUUUUGCCACCAGAUGCAAAACGUCGACGUGGUAGUGGUAAUAAUGGUCAAGUAAUUCUACAUUCAUCUGAUUUAAGUUCACCAAGCUACAAACCAGUAGUUCAUUACCUAAAUGGUAGGGAUUAUCUCAUUACAGUUGGGCCUAAAUUGCACUCGGAUACAGUUAAAAAUGGAUUACGACUGGAAUCUGUAUACUUGACUGCUGUACCAUUAGGUUCGCCAGAAAGUGAGGAAUUUAAUCAGAGUAAAGGAAGAUUUAUGCCAACAGUUUGUUCAAAUCAUGCCAUCGGAGCUAUUCGUUUUGCGUAUAAUUUUCCUAACCACGUGAGCUUUGUAUGGACAAGUCCAGCUAAUUCAGAAUCAACAAUACUGAAAUAUACACCGAAUACACAAAGUUUUAAUUCAUGUCUUGAGAUAAGAGCUACAAUCAUACCAUGGCAUUGGCACAGAUUUUAUUUCAAAAAUUCUGGAUCACUUCGUCAUGUAUUAUGCCCAGCAGAAGAUUUACGUCAAAUUGACGAAUGGUCGGAAUAUUUACACUCAAAUACAAAAUUAUUUAGAAAAGUGAAAAGUGAUAAUGUUAAAGCACGAUCUAUCACAAACAUUGGAAAAUUCGAUCAUGAUGAUAGUAAAAAUCACCGUUACAGUGAUAGUGGUUAUUAUGGAACGGAAGAAUCGGAUUCAUGUUCUGUACAAGAAUUACCAAAACCUGUUCGUACUUGCUGUGCAUGUAAUACAGCUAUUUAUCGUCUAAUCAUACAAUCUGAAUGGCAACAACAACAACACUGGAGAGAUUGGCCUACUACACCAACUGGUGCCAGUGGAUCAACAACUGAAAAUCCACACUGGAGUGAAAUUCUUGGUGCUUCACACAGCCCACAAUAUGACAUUUUUCAUGCUGGUGGCUAUGCAUCACCCGCUGUUGAUGCAUUAUGCACUACAAGUGAUGUAUCCAAAUUGGAAAGUGAAUUUCGUAAUCAAGCAGGUGAGAAUAUAUUAACUGUUAUACGUACAAGAGGAAUUGAUUCUAUGGCUCCACCUGAACAAAGGUUUCGCUCUGCCCUGUUUGCAGUCAACAGUUCUCAUCAUCUGUUAUCAUUUUUAUCACGUAUAGUUCCAAGUCCCGAUUGGUGUACAGGUUUAUCAAGAGUUGAUAUAUGUCUACAAAAUUGUUCAUGGCCCUUAAGAAUGCAAUUUCGUUUAGAACCAUGGGAUGCUGGCGUUAUGACUGGGAAUACAUAUAUUCCCAUUGAAAAUUCUGAAAGAUUAAGAGAACCAAAACCAAUGUGUCCAAUAACACCUGAUCUACGACCAAAUACACCAUUUACUGUUUUAACUGAUUACGUAUCUCUACCGAAUUCGGAUUCAUUCAGUUUAACUAAUCUACAUACGAGUGGUUCAAAUACAUUUAGAAAUCCUAAUUUAGGUUUACCAAUGUCAGAUCAAAUGAAUCUAUUAAAUAUUCCAUCGACCAGUGGACGUAUGCGCAGACAAUUUGCACGACUUGGUACUGUUGAACUGGAGUUAUUACGCAUAAAUGAGCAUGAAUCUUGUGCUACCGAAGUUCUUCAAGAAGAUCAAGCUAUGUCAAAAGCAUCAAGUUUUCCCCGUCGUGAUUCUUAUGGAGGGUCUUUUGAUACAAGAAGUGGUACAACAGAAAGUGAUACGAAAAGAACAUCAACUGACUUACUGGGGGCUCGAUGUCAUUUAAGUGAAUGGUCACCAUGGAGUCCAUGCACUCAAGUCGAUUUAGAUACUUGUUCCACUAAUGAGGCUAAAUCAUUCUGGACCAAUACACCACCUCGUAUGUGGCGAACGAGACAUAGUAUAACCCAAUCGAAUAAUGAAGACUGUUUAGCUGCUAAAUUAAAGGAAGAAAAAGCUUGUGAAACGCCUACAGCUAAACAAACCUGUGGACCAAUUCCAAUUAGUACACCUCAUACAAGAAUGCAUUUUAUGGAUACCUGUAACAAAUUACCUUGGGGUCCAUGGUCUACAUGUAUUAACGCAACAUGUACGCGUCCAGGAAUGAUUUAUCGUUGGAGGCGGUUUCCUGAUGAAGCAUCUAAAGUAACAUGUGAAAGGCAUCCACUAGCAAGCCAAGUUGAUACUUGUUGGCCACCAUCUAAUUUCCAAUGUUCUUUGACGGAAUUACAAACAGCAUGUCUUGAAGAACCACCUACUCCACAAAGAUUAUGUGUUAGACCAUUGAACACGACUAAACGAUACUACUAUUCUUCAGCGACGAAGCAAUGCAAAGAAUUUGAAUAUGUUCCUGAAUGUCAUCUUCGUGCACUUGUUGCAAAUCAUCCAAUUAGUUUAACCAGAAAUGUAUUUAAAGAUCGAAACACUUGUGAACAACUGUGUACAAAUAAACAAAUUCAAGCUGAUGCUGUUUGGAAUCCGAUUGUUAAAAGAGAAACAGAGAAAUUACAGCACAAAUGUGAACAGUCAUUAAUGAAAGGAUCAUUGUGUCAGUCGAAUAAAAUAUCUUAUAGCUGGUAUUAUGAUAAACAAUUUAAUAGAUGUAUAUCUUUUGAAUAUCUCGGUUGCUAUGGGAAUGAGAACAAUUUUAGAACAGAAAAGGAAUGUAUAACUCAAUGUGUCUACCGCGAUAACACUACAAAUGAUUUAAAUCAAUUAAAUUUGACAAACAAUAUUAAUAAAACAGCACUUUUAAAUAAUACUUAUGAUAAGUGGAUUCAAAUGCCUCAAGAAUGUCGGUAUACGCAAUGGACAGAUUGGUCGAGUUGCAGUACUACCUGUGGACAAGGAAUUCAGACCCGUGUACGUGAACGAAUUUCAUCAAAAUCAGACAACUGUCAGAAAAUUUUACCGGAACUUAAACAACAAAUGAAUUGCUUACUUAAGGCUUGUUAACUAAUAGUCACAAACUAGUCAUUUCUAAGUUUUUCCAUUUUCCUUAUACAUAUGUUAAAAUACAUUUCAGUUAUUCAUUACUACUGAUCGAGAUAUACUACUCAAGUAAAAACAAAUUAUAAAUGAAUGCUUUUCAAUGAUGAUAUUUACAUCGAGGUAAUAGUUUCGUUUUAGCACAUCUACUUUGUUUAUUCUUUUUCUUUUCCAAAUAACCUGUCACUUGUUAACGGUUUUUUGCUAUUUUAAAGUAUAGAAGAUUAUCGAUGUUAAAUGUUUGCAUUCCGUUGUUAAUUAUCUAGCAUUUUACUCCAAAUUUUUCUUUUUUCUCAUCAUUAAACUAUUCGUUUUGUUCUUGUUAUUAUUGCUUGUACGGCUGCAAUAAUUAGUAUUGUUAUCAUUGUAAACUAUGAAGUGAAUGAAUCUUUUAAGAAAGAAAUGCAACUUCCAACGAAUGUUUAAUAAAUAUUUUUCUUGUAUGA